UGUUUACGUAGCGGGCCCUUUGUUUCUUCUCAUCAAUUUUUUUCAUCUUCUUUAUUUUGUCUGUAGUUUUUGUUUUCUUUCUUUCUUUUUCUUUUCCAGCUUCCUUUCUAGUUCUGCUUAUAAACACCACCUCUCACUAGUCUAGGGCGAUCGCCAAGGCCAAGUGGUCUUUCUUUCUCAGCCCAGAAACUAAUUGCAUCUUUAAUCCCCACGUUUUCUAUCUAAUACCAGGCCAUGGCUGAGGCUCUUGGCACCGCCAUUGGCGUCAUUGGCUUCGUCGGCCAGCUAUUCGACGGCUGUGUCAAAGCCUAUGGAUACUUUACCACGGCAAGCAACCUAGACUCGGACAGCCAGCGGAUGAUGUGCAAAGUGCGCAUUGAGGAGAUGCGGCUGGUGGUCUGGGGCAGGGAAUGGGGAGUCGCAGAGGGCAAGUUUGACGAGCAUCUGAGCGAGCGGAAUCCGCAACUCAAGGUCUUGGCGACACAGAUUCUGGAACAGCUUCAUGGCACCGUCACGGACUUUAAGAAGCUGCAAGAUCGCUAUGGGCUGGUGGACGAGGCGGCGACUAAGGGCGGUAAGGAGGCGGAUGUCUCACCACCGCGGAAAGGGUCCAAAGAUGAGGGCAAGAAGACGAAUGGCUUCAAGACGUCUUCGAGCACGCUUAAUCUUUCAAGUGAGAGGAGCUGGAGAAAAGAGAUUGGGCUGAGGACGAAAUGGGUAAUAGGAGACAAGGACAAGUUUUCCAACCUGUUAAAGGAUCUCAAAGACUUCAACGACGGCCUCGAAGCCCUCUUCCCCCCUUCUCAGGUCCAAUCCUUCCAGCGCGCAUGGACGCAUCAACUCCUUGAUCGCGCCCAACGAGACCUCACCGAGCUCUCUCUUCUCGAAAAUGCGUCAUCUGGCAUCUAUCCCAAGCUCACAAACUCGGCCAACCUCAAGAAACUCCGCAUCAACCUCGACAGCAAGCCCCAGGAGUCCUUCAAGCCUACCUUUGCCCUGAAAAUCGGCCGCACCUCGCUCGACAUCCAGGAUUUGGAAUCGCCUCGCCGGGUUCAGGCCCAUCAUGUCACUGCAGGUGAUGUACUCAUCGAAUGGGUCGAUUAUGACCGCGAAGAGAUUGAGGAGCGCGUUGUCCAUGUCCGAAGAAUGGACGACUUGGCUCGCAUGAUGCAUUCAGCUUCAGAAUGCCAUCCAGAUCUUCACAGCAUUGACUGUCUGGGAUACACAGAUGACUCCGCCAACAACCGCUACGGCCUCGUCUAUAAAGCGCCGGCAUCUUCUCACUCAACGCUCAAGACGCUCAUCUCCAGCCCCGACCUCAAAACGCCGGAUCUCGACGACCGCAUCCGCCUCGCGCAGACACUUGCCGUCGCCGUUUGGUCUCUGCAUUCGCUCGACUGGCUGCACAAAUCCAUCUGCUCUUCCAACAUUGUCUUUUUCCCUUCUGCAUUUUCCACAUCUGGCCUCUCGCCCACCGCCUCUGCCGCCCUCGUGCCAGACAUCUCCCUGCCGUAUCUCAGCGGCUUUGGCGCCUCUCGCCCAGAACUCGACACGGCUCUAUCCGUUGUCCCGCGCAACCCGUCCAUUGAGGACCUUCACCGCCAUCCUGCCUCUCUCCGCGGUAGGCCGCAUAUCAAGCCAUUUGACAUUUACAGCUUCGGCCUGGUGCUGUUGGAGAUUGGCCUCUGGAAAGUCCUACAGACUUACUACAAGGCGCACUACACUGCCGAGCGCUGGCGUGAUAAGGUCGUCCUCGCCGUGCUGGUCCCGGGAUUGGGCAGCAAGGUAGGCAAGCGGUACAGGGAAGUAGUAGAGAUGUGUUUGCGAGUGGAUGAGGAGAUGUCAAGCAGCGAAGCGGGUGAGUUGAUGGAGGAGGUUGUGAACAAGUUGGAAAGCAUCCGGGUGUGAUAUGGGGCAGUGAUAUAACACGAUGUGACGACGAUAAUGAUGAUUGAAUGAGUAGCAAUGAUGAAAACAUGGCGAGCUGUUGCAUAUAGAAAGAAUAAGUAUAACAUAAUGCGGAACAAAAAAAGGAGCGGUUGUCUGGCACCCAGUCUCAGCUGGGUACGCCGUGGGUCAUGGGCACAAUUGCAUAGACAGUACUUGUAUCAAAAGCGU